GGGGCUCAGGAGCUGCAGUUCAGAGAUCCGCGUCCCGCAGGAGUCUGCUGGUGCCCCACGCUCCAACCUGAGAUGACCGCCAGCAAGCGAGUGGCGAAAGAGCUGAAGGAUCUUUUGAAGGAGCUUCCGCCAUACCUGUGCCAACUGUCUAGCGAUGAUGCCAAUGUGCUGGUGUGGCACAUGCUCCUGCUGCCAGACCAGCUUCCCUAUCGCCUCAAGGCCUUCGGUCUGCGGAUUGAUUUCCCUAGAGAGUAUCCACUUAAGCCUCCCACACUGAGAUUCACCACCAAGAUCUACCACCCCAACAUCAGUGAGGAUGGACUAGUGUGCCUGCCCCUCAUCAGCAUCGAGAACUGGAAGCCUUACACCAAGACCUAUCAAGUCUUGGAGGCCCUCAACAUCCUGGUGAGUAGACCGAACCUGGAAGAGCCUGUGCGAUUGGAACUUGCUGACCUCCUGACUCAGAACCCAAAGAUGUUCUGGAAGAAGGCGGAAGAGUUCACCCUUCAAUUUGGAGUGGACCGACCCUCUUAAUUCUGGUUCUGAAGCCUCUCUGCCUGGAUCUUCUGCUUAGUGGAUGGGUAUCACAGACUGGUGCCAGAGGCCUUGGGAAGCCCAUCCUGUGUCUAAGUUUUCCUUUGUAGCUGAUGAUUAUGAAUUUUGUACCCGGUGUGUAUGUAUGUGUUAGGGGAAGCUGUGUGGGGUGUGCUCCUUCCCUAAGUCAUCUGGCUGGAGAGGUGCCAUUCCCACAUCCUCCAUGGCUCCAGCGCUAGUGGGAGUUAGGUAUACACAGUUCCAGGCCUGCUUUCCAGCUCUUAGGUCACCUUCCAGGCCAAUUGGCAGAAAAUUGAAUGCCCCAGGGCCCAGGCACCAAGGGCUGAGAAAGGCAGGACUCUGCUUGGAAGGCAGGGCCUACAGAAGGUGCCAAAUCUACUACUGAGUGAUUGAAAUCAACCACACUUGUAAUAGGCAUGGCCAGAUUUAAGUCUUAAAACAUCUUAUUUUCCGCUGAUGAAUCUCAAAAUUAAGAGUCUAAUCUCCACCCAGAAAUCAGA